AUGAAAGCCUUACUUUUUUUAUCACUUGUGUCGCUCGUUUCUGCGUCAAUCAUUGUGAACGCCCCAAGCGACACCAUUCCAUACCAAGAAUGGGCCUCUGACAAUGCAAUCAAAGCAGACUACGAUGUUCCGGUGAUCUACUACCAGACGAUGGCAAUAGUCAGCCCAUACACCGUGAAGCACCAACACAAGACUUUUGAGAAUACAGUCUUCAAUGGCACUGGAAACGAGACCAGUGUUCUGGUCGCUAUCGAUGGGUCGAUGGUUCAUGUCAGAGACACGACGAUCACCAAAUUUGGAUACUCCAGCGACCUCAUUCAGGCGAGCUUCUUUGGUACGAACUCGGCAGUGCUCGCGGCCAACCACAGCCAGCUUUACCUAUCCGACGUGAACAUUACCAGCCACAACGGUGCGGCCAAUGUUUACGCCUAUGGCACGGGUACCGUUGUUGACGCAGAGAACAUCUGGCUGUACAGUUCGGGACCAACAGCCCACGGCCUGUAUGCGAGCGGAAAUGGAACAAUCCACGCUCGGAAUGUCAAUGUUUAUAGUGGUGGAAAUUGUUGCUCUGCUUUCUCUGGCGACAAUCCCGCAGGAUACCUAUACAUUCACGACUCUGCUGCUCAUACCGCAGGCAUUGGGUCCGCAGUUGGAUUUGUUCUGGGAGAGAUGAGCCUGACAAAUGUGGUUGGUUCGGCGGAUAAAUCUCCAGCAUUCUUUACGAUCGCCGGCGCCGUUGGAACAUGUACCAACUGUGAACUAACCGCUGGACUCCUCGCUGGCCUCGUUAUCUUCAGCUUGGACAAGAGCUCGGGUGUGAACUGCUUCUACCUGGAUCACAGCAAGAUCACUGUCACCGACGAGACCGCUCCUGCGCUUUGGUUUGGUGGUGUUGUGGGAGAGGUUUACGUCCACCACACGGAAUUUGUGACAAGCUCUGGGCUUCUGGCUGUAGCCAAUUACUCCACAAUCACCCAGAAGUUCAACUUCUAUGCCGGGUAUUCUGACAUGCCGAGCGCGGUGAAUACCGCAGAUGGCCAUGUAUUCGUGGAACAGAGCACCCUGAACGGUGACCUCGUGGCAUACAAUGGCAGCACUCUGGCGUUGCAACUUCACGGACAUUCAUUCUGGACCGGAAAGGGCUACAUUGGACAUGGAGUUGCAGAGUUAGGUGUGGCACUCGAUGCCUCUAGUACCUGGAACUUGACGGGCAAUACCGCGCUGCAGAACUUGACUAAUACUGAUGGCUCAUUCUCCAAUGUUCGGAGCAAUGGCUUUUCGAUCAUGUACAACGCCACUUCACCUGCGAAUCACGCCCUGCGAGGCCGAACAGUCAAGCUUGCGGGAGGCGGCACUGUGUCGCCAAUUGCGGAGAAGUGA